UGUGUUCUAAUUUCAGAGACCCAAAAAGAAAAGAAUGACUGGGUAGAGAGUAUAUGCGCUGUGAUCGAAGAUUGUCGAGCCAAUUCGGCAACAUUUGGUGCUGGCGUGAAAACCACCUUGUCUGAGACAAACAACAAUCACUGCGAAAGUCGAAAUUGUGCGGAUUGUGACGCUGAGUUCAGCCUUUUCUACCGUGGUGUGAAAUGUGGAAAAUGUCGACGAAAGCUCUGCAAAAAGUGCUUUGGACGGUAUCGAACGGAAAGCAAAAACAAUCGAGUUUGUGAGCCUUGCGUGAAGAACAUGUUACAUCACAAAUUACUUCAC